CCCUUCCUCCUCCUCCUUCAUCUUAUCAUUCAUUCAUCAUCAACACUAAAUAUCUUCUCAUAAACCUGGAACUCCCCUUCCUCUCCCUAAAAAAAAAACACAUUUUCUUAACAUCCAUCUCUGAUGGCCUCAAGGGCUCUCUCGUCUUUCACCACUAAACCCGCUCCUUCUCCCAAGCCACAUGGCGUCUCCUCCGCUUCUUCUCCGGCCUUUUCUAUCGGAUUCUCGAGGAAAACUAGCGGCAGAGCAAUGGUGGUUGCGGCGGCUCCGGUGGACACAAACAACAUGCCGAUGACCGGAGUGGUGUUCCAGCCCUUCGAGGAGGUGAAGAAAGCCGAUCUGGCCAUUCCAAUCAAAUCCCAUGUCUCCCUCGCUCGUCAGGGCUAUGCCGACGCUACCGAGGCUGCCAUUAAUGAGCAGAUCAAUGUGGAAUACAACGUCUCCUAUGUCUAUCAUUCAAUGUACGCAUACUUCGACAGAGACAACGUUGCUCUUAAAGGACUAGCCAAAUUUUUCAAGGAAUCCAGUGAGGAAGAAAGAGGCCACGCAGAGAAGUUUAUGGAGUACCAGAACAAAAGAGGAGGAAGAGUGAAGCUCCACCCGAUCGUCUCACCUAUCUCAGAAUUCGAACAUGCUGAAAAGGGAGAUGCUUUAUAUGCAAUGGAGUUGGCUCUGUCUCUAGAGAAACUUACCAACGAGAAGCUUCUAAACGUUCACAGCGUGGCAACAGAGAACAAUGAUCCCCAGUUAGCUGAUUUCGUUGAGACUGAGUUUCUUGGAGAGCAGAUUGAAGCAAUCAAGAAGAUCUCAGACUUCAUCACCCAGCUAAGGAUGGUUGGGAAAGGACAUGGAGUUUGGCACUUCGACCAGAGUCUUCUGAAUUAGACUGGAGCUUUUAUAAAGUUCACUUUCAGUUGACCACUUCCGGGGUUAAACAAUGAAGAUUCUGUAAAAGUUUUAGAUUUGCAAGUUAUGGAGUAAUAUCGCUGUAGUACUUUUAAGAUGUCUUUUGUAAUAAUUUCCUAAGCUUAAUCAAUGAAGGCUUUUUGUUUUACUA